CAUAAACAGGUUUUUUUUCUUGCCCCAUGGGAAGAUUUUAGAUAGUGUACAAGGAGAAAAUGUGUUCCUGUUUGUUAAGGUAGUUGUAAAUUUAAAUAUUCCAUUCUGGAAUAAAAACCGAAGGUAUUGUGAUGCCAAACAUGUUGGCCAUCUACACUAAGGCCAAUUCCACAUAUAUAUGGAAUAUUGCUGACCUACUGUAAAUCUCUCAGCUUAGGCUUAAUUCAUUCUUACUGGCACUCCAAAUGGCUAUCUUCCUGGAGAAGUAAAAUAGUCUCCUAGGUGACUUCAGAGCUACAAACCCCAUUUAACCACUCGGGGAAAACUGAUCUGGCUUGGCCUUUGUAAGCCUUAACAGUAAGGAACCCUUAGGGAAGAAACCUUCCUUAGAGUGUAUUAUAAGACUACAGACAGUUUCAUGUGCCCCUGGAUGAGUGGUCGCUGUGAGAAUUUGAUUUUUAAUUCCUUCUCUGGCAAGUUUCCUUUCAGAUUGACCCCAUCCUGGGGGUAAAGUCCUAAACCAUCUGUCUGGUACUUCUGUGUAGAGCGACUUUGAAUUUAAAAGUCCUUUAAAUAUUGUCAUUUUAAAAAGCGGUGAUAUUAGAGACCAUAUAUCAAACGAUUGUGCCUUUAUUCUUCCAAUUCUUAAUUUUAGAUAGCUGAGGAGUUGUGUGGACAUAAGUACUUACUUCAAGGGAUCACUUGUAUGGCAACUGUCAUCUACAGAUUACAGAAACUUUCAGAGGCUUUAAAUAUAGUAAUAUCUCUGUGCUGUCAGUAUUCACCCUCCCACCCCGCUGCAUUAAGGCAUUUUACAAAGAAGGACAUUUAUCAAUAGAGAGGAUUAGAUUACUUCCACUGUUGAGCAAGGAAUAGUUGUCAGAGCCAGUAGAGAGACCUCAAGAAUUUGGGCUUCCAGACUCUUUUUCUAAGCUCUAGAAAGCAGGUCUUCCUGGCACUGCCUCUUGACGCUACCAAACAGAAGCAAUAACAAAGAAAAAGAAAAAAAAAUAAUUUAAAAAUAUUCAUUUAAUAGGGAGGGAGGGGGCAAGAGGACAGAAUGUGUGGAUGUAUAUUUUGUGUGUGUGAAGGUCACCUUUUAUUUACAUCUUAAAGAAUCAUAAAUGGGGAAAUUGCCCCAAGGGAAAUGCAUUAUAUGUGCCGGUACUUUGUAUUCCGUAACAUUAUGAACCUGACCUGAUAGCAGAAAACAUGGUUCUAUUUUACUGAGAAUUGUAAUUGUUUAGUGAAGCGGAAAAGGGGGGUAGGGCAGGGGAAUACUCAAUCAUUUCUGAUAAUAGUAUAAAGGCGACAGACAGUUCAAUAAUAGAAGGGGAGAAACAUACGGACUCCCACAAGUUCGAAGUAUCUUGUAACCUUAAAAAAAAAAUCCCUGCACAUACUACCGCUGACGGAGGAUUACUGUGAGCUGAUUGCUCUGGACUUCAAACACUGAGAGUCAUUCUAUCAUGAGGAGGGGGUGGGUGGGGGGGUGAGAGGGGUUCUUUAACAAAGUCCUCCUCUCUCUGCACCCUCCCACUCCAUUCACUUGCAAAUCAGUGUGUGCCCAGAAGAGCCUGCUUUCCCUAAGCCCCAUCACCUUCCCAUACUGAGUGCUGCAGUUUGAGCAGGAAGCAGUGGGAACUGUGUAGGCUAACAGAACAGCAGCAGCCCCCGGAGCAGAGGCGGCUGAGGUGGUAGCAGCGGCAUCCGCAACCGCAGCGGCAGCCGCAACCGCAGCGGCAGCAGGAGCGAAGGCAGUGGGGAAAGCAGCAGCUGGAGCAGCGGCUGCAGAAACAGGUAGCAGAAUCUUUCCGUGUUUGUUUGUAACUAGGGGUAAGGGUUAAGGUGAUCUCUAGUGUUGUUGGGGUGUUUGUAGCUGUGGUUUCUGUCCGCGCCUCUCCUUAUCAUUGAAUGGAAACCAAUCCGCUAGAGGGUCCCGUCAGCUUCCGCUGCAUGCACGCCAGAGUUAAAAGAGAUGCUCCAAGUGUCAGACCUUAGUUUGGUGCCGGUAGCUUCCCUGCAGGUGGAGACACCAGGCAGCCCGCGGGCGCGGGGGGCUUACUCACAGGCGGAGCGGCACUGGGGCCGAGGAUUGACCGGUGUGCUGCUCCAGGAGGCUGAGGGCUGGGUGUGUGCGGAUAUCCUCCGAGACCUAAGCAACGAACGCUAAGGAAGAGGGAGGAAUGAGGCUGGAUACAGUGCAGCAGAACUGAGCACUUCCAGGACAGGAAAAGGCACUACAACUGAGCCCUGCUUUGUGCAAUCAUAAUGAGAACUCACCAUUACUUCUUGCUGCUUUUUUGGGUUGGUCAGAUCUACCAAAGUUUCUCAAGCCCCUUCUCCAAGAGGACUAGUGGCUUUCCAGAGAAGAAAAAGAUACUGGAGCUAUCUGGAAGUAGCAAGAAUGAGCUUAAUCGAGCAAAAAGGAGCUGGAUGUGGAAUCAGUUCUUCCUCUUGGAGGAAUACACAGGAUCCGAUUAUCAGUAUGUUGGCAAGUUACAUUCAGACCAAGAUAGAGGAGAUGGAUCACUUAAAUAUAUCCUUUCAGGAGAUGGAGCUGGAGAUCUCUUCAUUAUUAAUGAAAACACUGGGGACAUCCAGGCCACCAAGAGACUAGACAGGGAAGAAAAGCCUGUGUAUAUCCUUAGGGCACAGGCUAUAAACAGAAGAACAGGAAGACCAGUAGAACCAGAGUCUGAGUUCAUCAUAAAAAUCCAUGAUAUCAACGAUAAUGAGCCCAUGUUCACCAAGGAUGUUUACACUGCUACUGUUCCUGAAAUGUCUGAUGUUGGCACUUUUGUUGUUCAAGUCACUGCAACUGAUGCUGACGAUCCCACCUAUGGGAACAGUGCUAAAGUAGUCUACAGUAUUCUCCAAGGACAACCCUACUUUUCAGUUGAAUCUGAGACAGGCAUCAUCAAAACAGCAUUGCUCAACAUGGACCGAGAAAACCGAGAGCAGUAUCACGUGGUUAUUCAAGCUAAGGACAUGGGAGGCCAGAUGGGAGGCUUAUCUGGGACCACCACAGUGAAUAUCACCCUCACUGACGUGAAUGACAAUCCUCCACGUUUUCCUCAGAGCACUUACCAGUUUAAAACUCCUGAGUCAGCCCCUCCAGGUACACCAAUUGGCAGAAUCAAAGCAAUUGAUGCUGAUGUUGGUGAAAAUGCAGAAAUUGCAUACAGCAUCACUGAUGGAGAGGGUUUAGACAUGUUUGAUGUCAUCACUGACCAGGAAACACAGGAAGGAAUUAUCACUGUCAAAAAGGCUUUGGACUUUGAAAAGAAAAAACUGUAUACCCUCAAAGUGGAAGCUUCCAAUCCACGUGUGGAGCCCCGUUUCCUCUACUUGGGCCCAUUUAAAGAUACAGCCACAGUUAGGAUCAUGGUGGAAGACGUCGAUGAACCUCCUGUGUUUGGCAAACUAGCCUAUGUUCUACAAAUAAGAGAAGAUGCUCAGAUAAACAGUACAAUAGGCUCAGUGUCAGCCCAGGACCCUGAUGCUGCCAAGAAUCCUGUCAAGUAUUCUGUAGAUCGACACACUGAUAUGGACAGAAUAUUCAACAUUGAUUCUGGAAAUGGUUCCAUUUUUACUUCUAAACUUCUCGACCGAGAAACAUUGCUGUGGCACAACAUUACUGUCAUAGCAACAGAGAUCAACAAUCCGAAACAAAGUAGCCGUGUACCUUUAUUUAUCAAAGUUCUGGAUGUCAAUGACAAUGCCCCAGAGUUUGCUGAAUUCUAUGAAACUUUCGUAUGUGAAAAAGCAAAAGCAGAACAGCUGAUCCAGACCCUGAGUGCUGUUGACAAGGAUGACCCUUACAAUGGGCACCAAUUUUCCUUCUCCUUGGCUCCUGAAGCUGCUGGCAGUUCGAACUUCACUAUUCAUGACAACAAAGACAACACAGCAGGAAUCUUGACUCGGAAAAAUGGCUACAAUAGACAUGAAAUGAGUACCUACCUCCUGCCUGUGGUGAUCUCUGACAAUGACUACCCAAUUCAGAGCAGCACAGGGACUGUGACCAUCCGUGUCUGUGCAUGCGAUCAUCACGGCAACAUGCAGUCCUGCAAUGCAGAGGCACUUAUUCAUCCAACUGGACUAAGUACUGGUGCUCUGAUUGCCAUCCUCUUGUGCAUCAUUAUACUUCUAGUGACGGUGGUACUUUUUGCAGCUCUGAGGCGGCAGAGGAAGAAGGAACCUUUAAUCAUUUCCAAAGAGGACAUCAGAGACAACAUUGUCAGUUACAAUGAUGAAGGUGGUGGAGAAGAAGACACUCAGGCCUUUGAUAUUGGCACACUAAGAAAUCCUGAAGCCAUAGAAGACAAUAAAUUACGGAGAGAUAUUGUGCCAGAGGCACUUUUUCUCCCUCGACGGACUCCAACAGUACGCGAUAACACUGACGUCAGAGAUUUCAUUAACCAAAGGUUAAAGGAAAAUGAUACAGAUCCUACUGCCCCACCAUAUGACUCCUUAGCUACCUAUGCAUAUGAAGGCAAUGGCUCUGUGGCAGAGUCCCUGAGCUCCUUGGAGUCUGUCACUACAGAUGGAGAUCAAGACUAUGAUUACCUUAGUGACUGGGGGCCACGGUUUAAGAAGCUGGCAGACAUGUAUGGUGGCACAGACAGUGAUAAAGACUCUUAAUAUGUUGCCUUUUUUCAUUUUCCAAUACAGCAUUGAGAUUUGUGAAGUGGCUAUUUCUUUAUAUUUAUCCACUGCUCUGUGAAGGGUCCUCUAUUCUACCAAUUCCAAAUGUUAAUGACUGCAGUCUUUGUGGAUCAAAUGUUAGAGACUUUUUCUAGUAAACUUUUAUGAGUUUCCAAGAGGCAAAGUUUUAUUUUUUAGUGCAUCCAGUUUACCAACCCAAGUCUUUCAGGCACAGUGGUAGUAGAGAGGACAGGGAGCAAUAUUUUUACUUGUUCUCUCAGUGUAUAUUUGAGGACAUUAUUCUUUCCACUCGCCUGUUUUUUUUGACCAGCUCUUAUUAAUUCAACUCAGAUGACUGUUCUAGCUGUACAUUACACUUACUGAUGUGAUAAGGAAUUGCAAUUUAACCUAAAUACAGUAUUCUAGUAAAAGUAAUGGGGGAGGAAUAACUAUGAAACUAGUAUUGUCUGACAAAGAGAUGAAAAAAAUCAUAUAUACUAUAAUUUUGCAGGUAAUUCAGAAAUACCAGUUAGCCAUUGUCUCCUGUUCUUUGAGUAUUUUUUUUUUCAGUAUUAGCUACUCUUCUGAAAGCAUGAAGUCAGUUAGUAAUCAAAGGUACAAAUUCCAUAGAUCAAUCUAUCAUUGGGUACACUGUUCUUUGGAUAUAAUAUGAUGGGCCAGCCCAAUUAAGGGUAUACAAUUUCAAUGCCAGUUUAUCAUAGUUUUAUGAUACACUUCAAGUCAAUAAGCAUUUAUUAAGUGAUUACCGUGCACCAAGUCUGCAAGUCGUAAUCACAAAGUGGUAGUUUAAAAUUUCAUUAAUUCUCUCUCUACUAAUUCAGAAUUUAUGAUCACAUAUAGGCAUGCUGAAGUUUUGCCCUUGCAUUAUGUUAUGCUUCAAUAUUUCAAGAAUUUGAGCUUUCAUCUCUAUGGAUAUUCCUCCACCAAUGCAGUUCACACAACUCCUCCAAGCCUUAGUAGACUCUCUUCUUGAGUGACUGCAGCCAAAUGUUUAUCAUCUGGUACCAGCUUUUUGGUGAUGAGCCUCUAUAAACUGAGAUAGGCCAAUUAAUGAAGGACAGCCUUUUACCAGUCCCAUCCUGGAAGCCUUUCCAACUUGACCUUUGCUUACAUAGCAUUUGAAAACUGAAGAUUACUUCCUCUGUGAGGCAACAGAAUAAGAGUAUGGGGCGAGGGAGACCUGUUAUGAGGGAAAUCAAAGGUUUUACAGGCAAUCAAUAGUGUAAACAAAGAAAACAUAUAACUUUGUUAAACUGAAAACCAGCAAACUGGUUGAAAUCAUCAUUUGAAAUUAUAGAUGAUUUAGAUUCUAAACUAUAAAUGAGCUAAUUACAAAUGAUACUAUUUGUUAAAGCCCAUAAAAGUUGUCAGAGAUAGUUUCUCUCCUGUACUUGUUAGCAGUUUUACUGCAUGUUUGUGAAAGUAAUAAAAUACUUCCUAUAUUUUUUAAACCAGUAUUUUAGGCUUUUCACCAAAUUGAACUAAAUUUUUCUUGAUUAGCGAUCUUGAAUCUUUCUUGAAUUCGGUGAUAUUUUAUUGAAUAGCUCAAAUCAUGCUGUCGGUGGUGAGGUGAGAGCCAAAUUUGAAACUGAAUUUUGUUGAUUUAGUUGUAUUUCUAUAAAUAUAUAUAGAACCUAAAUAAAUAAAUAGACCUGAUAGAUAUAGUUAUAGAUGGAAAAAUUGGGCUUGUAGUACUUAAUGAUAAAAUGGAAGCCUGCUAUUAAAAUGCUUACAGAAGACAAACAAAUGAAAAUCUUAGAUGUCUUGAGUGAGCUAAACAGGGUUGUUCAAGGUAUCAAUUAAAAUAAUAGUCAACUUUUUUUUAAAAUGUAUUUCUUCAAAUUGAUUUUACCUUUGUUCCCAUGGCAAUUCUGUCACUCCUGCCUUGAAAAGUAAUACUAAAAUCAUGGUUCCGCAUCAUGACAAAGGAGUAAUGUAAAAAUAGUUGAAGCCAUCAUUCCUAUUAUUGCACUUUUACUGUCAUGUAGUGGGUUAUUUGGAGGAGCUAAUUUACGAACAAGUCUUUUUUAGCAAAUUCCAUUGAUUUCAUAAUACCAUCAUCAUGAUCUUGUCAUUUAAAGAACCCUAUCAUGUGCAAUGAUAAGGAAUGUCCAAGGUACUGUAACUUUAGCAAUCUUUGUUUAUAAACUUAAAUCUUUAAAAUAUAAUUUGUUUACAUAUAAAAUAGAAACUUAUAGAUAUGCUUAAUA